AUGGAUCAAGCAACAAAAGAGAAGGAGAAAUUGAGUUUUGCUAGAGUUAUGGUGGAAGUUGGGAUAAAUGAUGAGCUGCCGGAUAGCAUUGCAUUCUGUAAUGAACAUGGGAAUAGGAUGGAACAAAAAGUUGAAUAUGAAUGGAGGCCCAUUCAAUGUACCCAGUGCAAGGGCUUUGGGCAUGAACUGGAGGCUUGCAGGAAUAAAGGAGGAAAGAAAAUAUGGGUCAAGAAAGGUGAAGUAGUGAAGGAUAAAGAUGGAUUCCAGCAGAUAGGAAUCAUGAUAGGGUGGUGUCCUAAUGCAUUUAAUGUGGACAUUAAAGUGGUGAAUAGUCAGUUUGUCCACUGUUGGGUUCAGCCAAAGACAGGGGCUACUGGUUUUGAGUGCACAUUUGUGUAUGGUUUCAAUGACCAACAAAGCAGGCUUGGUAGUCAUGUGAGAAGAACUGAGCUUACACCAAUGCUGGAGUGUAUUACUGAAUGUCAAAUUACUGAUGUGAAAGCUACAGGGAGAUAUUACACUUGGUGUAAUAAGCAAGAUGGAGAUAAAAGAGUUUUUUCAAGAAUUGAUAGGGUGCUAGCUAACCAGUUAUGGAUGGAUAGCUAUGAUAAUGCUGAGGUUCAUAUUCUUCCUGAGGGUGAAUAUGAUCACACUCCUUUGCUAGUUUGUGUGUAUCCUGAUAUGAGCUUAAAGAAACCUUUUAGGUUCUGUAAUUACUGGUGUCAACAUGAUUCCUUGCUGAUGAUUGUUAAAAAGGAAUGGGAGACUCAAAUUUCUAGUUGUGUUAUGUAUAGAUUAUUGCAGAAUUUGAAGAAUAUAAAACUUGCUCUUAGAAGGAUGAAGACGCUGGGAUGGGAUGAUGCAGAGAUAGCUGUUAGUAAAACUAAAGCUAGAUUGAUUGAAAUUCAAGAUGCCAUGCAUGAGAAUCCUAGGGAUACUAGUCUCAGUACUGCAGAAAAAGAGGCUCAGAGUAGUUACAAACAAGCUCAAAAGAUGUUGCACACUAAACUGCAACAGCAAGCAAAAUUGAGCUGGUUAAAAUGUGGAGAUGAAAAUUCUAAAGUCUUCUACCAAGCUAUCAAAGCUAGGAGAAGACAUAAUAGAAUUCAUGCUAUACAUGACAUGAAUGGCAGGUGGUUGAAUAAAAAAGAGCAAGUAGAGGAAGCUUUUGUCAAUUUUUACAAAAGCUUAUUUACUAAUGUUGAGCAAAAGGAAGCUGUAAUGGAAACUAUCAUGAAAAAAGGAAAAAUGCACUGUUGGGAGGUGAUUGGUGAUGAAGUAUGUGAAGCUGUACUAGAUUUCUUUAAGACUGGUAAGCUUCUGAAGGUCAUUAAUGUUACAACUUUAACAUUAAUACCAAAGGUUAAAGUGCAUGAAAAUAAAUCAUCUCUAGUAACCAGGGAGCUUUUAUUACUGGAAGAAGUAUUCCAUAAUGUCUUGAUUUGUCAAGACUUGGUUAAAAACUACAAUAGAAGCAAGAAUAGAGCUGGAUGCAUGAUGAAGUUAGAUUUGAAGAAAGCCUAUGAUUCAGUCAAUUGGGAGUUCAUACAGCAAAUGCUAGAAGGAGUGGGUUUCCCUAGGAAGUUCAUUGACAUGAUUAUGGGCUUUCAGCUUUUCUCUCACACCUCAGGGCUAGAGGUUAACAAGCACAAAUCUGAGGUAUACUUUACUGGCAUGACUCAGAGGGAUAUUCAAAGAGUGACAGAUGUUAGUGGAUUCAAAGUUGGUAAACUGCCUUUUACUUACCUUGGAGUUCCUAUAUCCACUUCUAAAUUGAAGGCUAAAGAUUGUCAAGCUUUAAUUGAGAAGAUGCUAUUCAUAAUUCCUAAGAGCAUCUUGAAAGAAAUCAACUCAAUCUGUAGAUGUUUUUUAUGGUCUGCUACCCAUAAUGAUACAAAACCUGGUGCUGUAGCAUGGAACAAGCUGUGCAGAUAUAGAAAAGAUAGUGGUCUGGGCUUUAGAGACACAGGUAUUUGGAAUAUGGUAGCUCUUAGCAAACUUGCUUGGGGUGUGGCUCAAAAGCAAGAUAACCUAUGGGUGAAAUGGGUGCAUGGGGUUUAUAUUAAAGAGUCAAAUUGGGCUAGUUAUGUAGCUCCUAGUCAUGCCAGCUGGGCUUGGAAGUAUGUAUGUCAAGCAAAGAAUCUGAUGAAUGAGAAGACAAAUGGUGUUCAAUGGCUUAUUAAUGGCCAGUUUAGCAUUAAACAAUACUACCAGCUACCGAUGAGAGGCAACAGACAAGCAGUGUGGGCUAGAUAUGUCUGGAAUAGGUAUACUUUACCUAAACAUCGACUGAUUAUGUGGUUGGCUAUUCAGGAUAGACUGAAAACAAGGCAAAGGCUGAAGUUAAUGAAUGUUUGUGUUGAUGACCAAUGUGUGCUUUGCCAACAGCACACUAAAACCAUGAAGCAUUUGCUGUUUGAAUGCAAGUUCAGUGAACUGUGCCUGUCAGAAGUCCUACAAUGGCUAGGUAUCACUUGGAUACAAAGGGGCCUAAUGCAGCACUGUAGAUGGAUUCUGAAUAGGUAUAAAGGUAAUAGGACUAGGAAAAUGGUCCUGCUAGCUGCUUUGCACCACUGUUUAUGUAAUAUGGAGAAAUAG